CCUUUAAAUAUUUAAAAGAAAAAAGAUAAGUGAAAACUAUAAAAGGUUAGAUUGACGUAUUGAUAAUGGCUUGGCUAGGAAGAUGUUUAACAUGAUCAUAAGUUUAGUCCUACUCUGUGUGGCGAGCAGUGUCUAUGGCCAGCGGGAGUGUUACUGGAACGCACAGUGCCCAUACCUCCUCUACUCCACGAAGACACCUUAUGACACCAUCCGAGGAGAUAUAAGAGACCAACCAACUAUAGAUAAUUGUCAAGCCGUGAGCAUCUGGUCGUUGCACCGUCAUGGCAACCGCAACCCCGGCUCCAGCGUCACCGCCAGGAUCAAAGUGGUUGCUGGUCUUAGAGAUGAGAUAAUUCAGAGCUUUGAAAAUGGUAGAGGACAGUUGUGCUCACAGGAUAUUGAUAAAUUCCGUAACUGGAAAUGGAAUGAAACCCUUGAAGUAUCCCAGUCUUACCUAACCGGGACUGGGUAUGAAGAGAUCUACGACAUUGCUAAACGUCUUCGUGAGAGAUAUCCUCACUUACUACGAGGGUCUGAUGACGACUACUACUUUAGAGUCACCAACGAGCAACGGACUGUCACCAGCGGCAUGGCUUUUGUCCAUGGUCUAGCGGAAGGGAAAAAUCUUAACCUAACUAUAGACGGACCAUAUGAAAGGGAUGACUUAAUAAGACCGUAUGAGAACUGUGAUAGAUACCAGCAGGAGGUGAAAGGAGGUCCACAAGUGGGAGCCGAACUUGAAGCGUACUUUGAAUCCACCGAAUAUAAAACAGUUCAGAACAAUGUUCAAGAACGCUUGGGCAUACAAACUCAAUUGUCUGCAGAAGAUGUGUAUUCUAUUUACGAAAUAUGUCGCUUCUACCGUUCUUGGAAGGAGACCAAGCUGUGCCCCUGGUGCGCCGCCUUCUCCGACCAGGAUCUUAUCGUAUUGGAGUAUAGAGAUGAUGUGCGGCAUUAUUACAGGAAUGCAUACGGGUCUUGGGUACCCGGUAGCAUUGGCGGUAAUCUGGUCAAGAACCUUUACGAGAACUUCGAAGCUGCAGUCAACGGGACAGGAAAGAACAUUGUCUCCUACUUUAGUCAUGACACUAUGAUGGAGAUGUUCUACUGUGCUUUGGGACUCUUCAAAGAUGACGCUCCUAUCAGGGGAGCAGUCAGGAAUCCUGAUAGACUAUGGAAAACGAGUUUAAUUGCUCCAUUCUCCGUGAACAUUAUUGCUGUUUUAAAUACUUGCCAAGAAUCAGAUAACCAGACGUUCCGCGUGCAGUUCUUUAUGAACGAACUAGUCACGGAACUGUGUCCAUUAGCCGGUUGUACUUGGGAACAAUUCCAAGAGAAAUUCCAGAAGUUCACAGAAGCUAAUCUAGAUUUCUGUAGCAUGGACAAUAAAGUCAAUGAACCCGAACCAAUUGGAGGAAAAGCAUCGUCAUUUACUGCGGUAAUUAAUAUCUUAGUGAUGGUGGAAGUUAUUGCUUAUAUUAUAAGAUAUUAGAUAAGAGAGAUAAGACUUAUUUUAUA